AUGGCCUCCGUCUGCAUAUCCGAAUGCGUCGACAACGCCUGCAUCGUUUCUGCUGCGCAGCCCACGUACGUCAACCUGCAGCGGUGGUCGGAGGAGGAGAAGUGGUCUACAGAGCGCCGCCGUCCAAGGCCGAGAGCGGCGGAGGGAAUCUCUCGCCGGCAAAUGUACUUGCGGAGUUACACCUUCUCUAGAGAGGACACCGUUGUCCCUGAGACUACAACUCAGAAUUGCUUUGGGAAGAUCAGGCGGCGGCGCCAUAGGCCAGCGAGGAUUCGCGGCAGCCGUAGGAGGAGCCGAUGUUUCGCCAUGGUGAAAGCCGCCGCCACUCAGGCUUCUUCCGGCGCCUUGCUCUUAAUGUUCCGACGGUUGCUUUGUUGCGUGGCGAAAGUUGACGGUCGCUCACGAGCGUAA